AUGACGGACCCCAGACUUAUUGAUAUGGAACCUGGCGGAGAAAGCACUCAAUACGAGUCAAUCCGUCAAUAUACUAUCAGUCCUUCUAAGCAGACCGGACAAUUAGGUUUCGGCGAACAACAUACUAAAAGCGAAGUGAGCCACGUUGUAGGAACAGAUACCCCAAACUCCAUGCAAACGGAGGAGCUUCAAGCACAGAGAUUGGGAAUGGGAGUAUCGAAGCCAAGCAAAGGUAAAUAG